AUGUCGCACAGAAAGUACGAGCAACCAAGACACGGUUCUUUGGGUUUCCUCCCAAGAAAGAGAUCUGCCUCCCACAGAGGUCAAGUCAAGUCCUUCCCUAAGGAUGUCAAGUCCAAGCCAGUUGCUUUGACUGCUUUCCUCGGUUACAAGGCUGGUAUGACCACCAUCGUCAGAGACUUGGACAGACCAGGUUCUAAGAUGCACAAGCGUGAGGUCGUUGAGGCUGCCACUGUUGUGGACACUCCACCAAUGGUUAUCGUUGGUGUUGUGGGUUACGUCGAAACCCCAAGAGGUUUGAGAUCCUUGACCACUGUCUGGGCCGAGCACCUCUCUGAGGAAGUUAGAAGAAGAUUCUACAAGAACUGGUACAAGUCCAAGAAGAAGGCCUUCACCAAGUACUCUGCUAAGUACGCUCAAAACGGUGAGGAAAUCAACCGUGAGUUGGCCAGAAUCACCAAGUACGCUUCUGUUGUCAGAGUGUUGGUCCACACCCAGGUCAAGAAGACCCCAUUGUCCCAAAAGAAGGCUCACCUUGCUGAGAUCCAAAUCAACGGUGGUUCCAUCGAGGACAAGGUCAACUGGGCCAAGGAGCACUUCGAGAAGACCGUCUCCGUCGACUCUGUUUUCGAGAAGGACGAGAUGAUUGACGUUGUCGCUGUCACCAAGGGUCACGGUUUCGAGGGUGUUACCCACAGAUGGGGUACCAAGAAGUUGCCAAGAAAGACCCACAGAGGUUUGAGAAAGGUUGCUUGUAUUGGUGCUUGGCACCCAGCUAACGUCAACUGGACUGUUGCCAGAGCUGGUCAAAACGGUUACCACCACAGAACCUCCAUCAACCACAAGGUCUACAGAGUUGGAUCUGGUGCUGACGAGGCUAACGGUGCUACCGAGUUCGACAGAACCAAGAAGACCAUCAACCCAUUGGGCGGUUUCGUCAGAUACGGUUUGGUCAACAACGACUUUGUCUUGUUGAAGGGUUCUAUCCCAGGUAUCAAGAAGAGAGUCGUCACCUUGAGAAAGUCCUUGUACGUUGACACCUCCAGAAGAGCUCUUGAGAAGGUCAACUUGAAGUGGAUCGACACCGCUUCUAAGUUCGGUAAGGGUAGAUUCCAGACCCCAGCCGAGAAGAGAGCCUUCAUGGGUACCUUGAAGAAGGACUUGAACUAA